AAUAUCACAACGCUCUCUGCAAAACCAAGACCUGGGGUUUUAGACCUCUGUCUUCUUCUUCUCUUCUCUAGCUCAGAAUUUAUGUUCACUAGCUCGGCGCACUCGCCCUCCCUGUUUAGCUAGAUCUCUGACCAGUUAGGCAUUUCAAGUUUCAUGGAAGACCAUAAUCACUAGAGCUACCGUUUACAUAUGUAUCCAAAGCAUUCUAGUCAAGGUGAUGGGCCUGUUCCUAGGCCAGUACGAACAAGUGAUAGGCUCAGGAGGAGGCCAAAAGUUUUUAGUCGGACAUACUUGUAUUACACUCCGACCAUCAUCAGCAGUAGGAAAACUAAAACUAAGACGAGGACAGAUGCUUCUCGAAUUGCCAAGAUGUUGUGUCCAUCAAAUCGGCCAACACGAAACCCAAAUAAUAAUUCAGUUGCGACCAAUCUUCGACGCUCGACCAGAAAGAGGAGGAUUUCUGUAAAUCUUGAAGAUUUUACAGACAGUUCCGGAUCAGAAGAUGAAGACUUGAUGAAACCAACUUGCCGAACCUUGAGGAACCGGAUUGAUAAUAGUGUCAGUCAGGAUGAGUUAUCAUCUCCUAAGCAUAAGAAGACUAUGGAUACCAGAUCAACCCCUCGACGUGAAGGACUACGGCCACGCCGUUCAAAAACAGUAGCAAGAGAACAAUUGAAUUUGGAAUCUGGUGAUGAACAAGAAAAUUUUGAAAAGCUUGUUGAGGAUGAAACUGAAAAUGGGAAUGAAAUUGAUGAUAAUGAUGCAGAUGAUGGUCAGAAUGAUGAUGAAACUGAGGAUGAGGGUGAUGGAGAUGGCGAAGAUGAAGGAGAGGAAGAUGGUGAUGAUGAAGAAGGUGAAGAGGAAGAACAGGAGGGAAGGAGGAGAUAUGAUCUCCGAAAUCGUGCUGAUGUCCGUAGGCUUUCUAUGGAAGAAGCUAAGCAAAGACCAAGAUCUCCUCAAAGGGUAUUGCAUCAAGGAAUAGGUACCAAGGUUAAUAGGGAUGUAAGGAAGGGUGGAUCACGAGUUGACAAGCGUCAUCGUAUAACAAGAGCUGAAGAUUCUGACGAUUCCCUUCUUGUGGAUGAGCUGGACCAGGGUCCUGCUAUUCCUUGGUCACGAGGAGGGAGUAGAUCUGGUCCGCCUUGGCUCUUUGGGGGACUAGAUGUCCAUGGGAUGACAUCAUGGGGACUGAAUAUGGCUGCUUCUGGUUGGGGUCAUCAGGGUGAUACUAUUGCUACAUUAAGUUCUGGGAUCCAAACUGCUGGGCCGAGCUCUAAGGGAGGGGCUGAUAUCCAACCUUUACAAGUUGAUGAGAGUGUGAGUUUUGAUGAGAUAGGUGGGCUUUCAGAAUACAUUGAUGCUUUGAAGGAGAUGGUUUUUUUUCCUUUGCUAUAUUCGGAUUUCUUUGCCAGCUAUCACAUCACCCCACCAAGGGGAGUUUUGUUAUGUGGUCCUCCUGGCACUGGCAAAACAUUGAUUGCCAGGGCAUUAGCUUCUGCUGCUUCAAAAGCUGGUCAGAAGGUUAGUUUUUACAUGCGUAAGGGCGCAGAUGUACUUAGUAAAUGGGUAGGUGAGGCUGAAAGACAAUUGAAAUUGCUUUUUGAGGAGGCACAAAGGAAUCAGCCUUCCAUAAUCUUUUUUGAUGAAAUAGAUGGACUUGCUCCUGUGAGGUCAAGCAAACAGGAGCAAAUACACAAUUCUAUUGUUUCCACUUUGCUUGCGUUGAUGGAUGGUCUAGAUUCUCGUGGACAAGUUGUUUUGAUUGGAGCAACCAACAGAGUAGAUGCCAUUGAUGGAGCCUUGCGUCGCCCUGGUCGGUUUGAUCGUGAAUUUAACUUUCCUUUGCCUGGUUGUGAGGCACGUGCUGAAAUACUAGAUAUUCACACCCGAAAAUGGAAGCAGCCUCCUUCAAAGGAACUAAAAUUGGAACUUGCAGCUAGAUGUGUUGGAUAUUGUGGUGCUGAUUUAAAGGCACUAUGCACUGAAGCUGCAAUCCGUGCUUUUCGUGAAAAAUAUCCACAAGUGUACACAAGUGAUGAUAAGUUUCUGAUUGAUGUUGACUCGGUCAUGGUUGAAAAGUAUCAUUUUGUUGAAGCCAUGUCCACAAUAACCCCUGCUGCUCACAGGGGUGCUGUUGUGCACUCUAGGCCAUUAUCUUUAGUAGUUGCACCAUGUCUGCAAAGACAUCUCCAGAAAGCCAUGAAUUUUAUUUCCGAUAUAUUUUCCCUCCUUGCAGUGUCAUCGGAGUUUACCAAGCUUUCUAUGCUUUCCUAUGGGUCUGCAAUUCCUCUUGUGUACAGGCCACGGUUUUUGCUGUCUGGUGGUGAAGGUUCUGGCCUGGAUCAUCUUGGGCCUGCAAUUUUACAUGAACUGGAGAAAUUUGCAGUUCAUUCUCUUGGACUUCCAUCUCUUCUUUCAGAUCCUAGUGCAAAGACACCAGAGGAAGCAUUGGUACAUAUAUUUGGUGAAGCGAGAAGAACAACUCCUUCAAUCCUUUAUAUGCCUCACUUCAAUCUUUGGUGGGAUAAUGCACAUGAACAGCUAAGGGCUGUUCUGUUGACUCUGUUAGAUGAAUUGCCAUCUGACUUGCCCAUAUUGUUGCUUGCAACUACUACAGAACUACCCAUGGGCAAUGAGACUCAGCCAUUUCCAGUAUUUCCUCAACAUUCCAUCUAUCAAGUGGGCAUACCAUCAGUUGAAGACAGAUCUUUGUUUUUCGACCGUUUAAUUGAAGCUGCUUUAUCAGUUCUGUUAGAGGGCAUAACCAAGAAGUCACAAGGAUCAGUAUCCCUUCCUGAUCUUCCCAAGGUACCAAAAGUGACAAGUGGCCCAAAGGCCUCUGAGUUAAAAGCCAAGAUAGAGGCUGAGCAGCAUGCCCUUCGUCGAAUGCGUAUGUGCCUCAGAGAUAUUUGCAAUCGGAUACUGCAUGACAAACGAUUUAGUGCCUUCCACUAUCCCGUCACAGACGAAGAUGCUCCAAAUUAUCGCUCAAUAAUCCAGAAUCCUAUGGACAUGGCUACUCUACUGCAGCGUGUUGACUCUUGUCAGUAUAUCACGUGCUCAGCAUUCUUGCAAGACAUUGAUCUCAUCGUGACCAAUGCAAAGGUGUAUAAUGGAGAUGAUUACAAUGGUGCCAGGAUUGUUAGUAGGGGUUAUGAGCUUCGAGAUGCAGUGCAUGGAAUGCUGUCACAGAUGGACCCUGCACUUGUUGCAUACUGUGACAAGAUUGCUGCCCAAGGGGGCCCAGUUCAUGUACCAGAUGAUUUUGGGGGAUCUAUUUUCCCAUCAACCCCAGUUGUGCAGCUGACAACUGUUACUAGAGCAAGUGCCCGACUACGUAAUGCACAGCCAGAGGUUAAUCUGGAUCAAAGCUAUGAGGCUUUGAAAAGGCAGAAGAAAAACUUUGAUGUUGCAAGUGCAGCUUUGGCAGCAGAAGAUAAAUCCCAGCAUCAAGACGUAGCACAGGCAAAGCCAUCAGAAGAGCCAGAGGCUAAUGAAAUGGAUCCUGAAAGGCCAGAAUCCUCAUCUGCUGAUGGCAAUAGGCCGGAAACUUCCAGGCAAGCAGAAGCAGAAGCAGAAGCGGAAGCAAGCGGAUCCCUAGACGCUACUAUGUUCGACGCUGAAAUGUCAACCCAUGCAGAGCAUGUCAAGGGUCUUUUUGUGGAGCGCACAGAAAAUUAUGGCAUUCCACAGCUUGAGAGGCUCUACACGCGUAUAAUGAAGGGUGUAUUUGAAACCAAGAACAAAGAAAAGGUUGAAGACGAUCCCAAGUACUCAAUUUUGAAGUUUUUGGUGAAAUUUGCCGGGGAUGAGGCAAAUUUCUGAACUGGGUAUUUCCCCCCCAAACGAGAGAAAAAAUGAAAAAAAAAAAAAAAUCUUGCAGGUAGUUGAUGUAAAGUCGGGAUUUUCUUUUCAAUGCAAAAUUGUUGAGUGAAAGGCGUCUCCAUCUCCUCUCAAAUCUCUACAUUUCCAUGUAUAGUUUUCCAUUUCAUCUUUGAUAGCAGAACAUAAGUGCCACCUGAAGAACGGAGCACUGAGGAAACAUACAAGCAGAAAACUGAAAAGUCAACUGUGUUUCCAAGUGAGUGGUAAUAGUAAUUCAAAGCCUGGUAGCUAAAGCUACAACGCCUUCCAGACUA